GAUUUAAUCUUUGACUAUGUAGUAGUAGCCUAUGCUACGCGCAAACCUACUCGCACAAGUUUUAGAGGGUAGAGAGAGAAAAAACCGCAUUCUUUUCUCCCUCCACUAUCCCACCCACAGACCGGACAUUCCCAACUGCCAGGCCAACCUCAUUCUUGUCCGUGCGCGCGCGGCGUUCGCACAAGUGCAAUAAAAGUGAAGUUGAGUUAAAGUUAAAGUGAAUUAUGUCGAAGCGACCGCAUGGUGAAUCUCGAGAAGAAAGAUGGAUGAGAAAAUUAAAAAUGUACGAAGAAAAACUUGAAGCAAAACGUAAACGGCGCACUGACCAGUCGCAAAACAUAGCUCCAAAUGAGCAGGAUGUGCAAAACGAAGAGCAUACCGAGCACAAUGAAGCUAUACAAUUUGAUGGCUACCAACCUAAUGAAACUGAGGACUUGCGAGAUAUCUGCAACAUCGAAGAGCAGCAAACGCGCGAUGUGGAAUACGACGAUUACACGUACAAGCAUGUCGUAUACGGAGACGCUAGUGAAAUCACUGAAACCACAGCGUGCACCAGCCCGUGUUCCUUUACAACUGGUGAGAGACAGGAGAACUUGGUAGAAGAUGAGUUCGACCCUAGCUUAUUACAAGAACUAGGAAAUGUAGAAGCGGAUCCUCUGGAGUUCGGUGAUGAUUUGCAGGCCGAAGUAGCUGCGAGGUUCCAGAAAAUUUUGCUGGACGGCCUUAAAAAAGAAAAGAAAGAGGAGCUUUUGAAAAAAUACCCAUUUCCCAAAAACGUUCCUCUGGCAAAAAGCCCGUCUCUAAACCCGGAAAUUGGAGCCAUGCUGGCCGAGGCAUGCAAGUUGAGAGAUAAACGGCUGCUUGCAAAGCAGGACCAACUUGGCAAAGCGCUUUCAGCGCUAGGCAAGGCUCUGACUGGCCUCUUGAAACGAACUCCGGAUAUCCCAGAUAUUAUUCGGACACUCAAUGACGCGGGUACUAUUUUAGCUGAUUCUCAUUACGCUGAAACUGAUACCCGCCGCUCAGUCAUUAUGCCGCUAAUAGAUAAAUCCUUAGCGGAACCUUUUAAAGACAGAAAAAGGGAUACUUUUCUGUUUGGAGAGAAAUUGGGUGAGUUGGUGAAGGACUCUUGUGGCAUAAAAAAGACAGGCCAGUUAAUCCAACCACCAUCAACCACUCCUAAUUUAAAUGCCAGAGGUCCAUCGACGUCCCGGGGAACGCGAUAUCAGCGAGGGGGCCACACGUAUCAACACAGACCCGGUGGGCCGAGAGCAGCGAUGUCGGGUCCGACAUACCAAUAUCAGGCCCCAGUCUACCAAUACCAAGGACGCAGGCGAGCACCCCCGCCGCCGCCUCCGCCGAGUCGCCGUCAGCCUCCACCUCCACCUCCAACACGACGACCACCUCCUCCUGCGCAGCGAUCCUCAACAAACCGGCGGACCUAA